AUGAUGCUCAAUACCGUAGGCCCUGCAGCUGAUGAUCUAGCGGGAUCGUACGCACGAUCUAGCAAGUGGGCUUCCACUCCCUUACCUUCGACCAUGCCGCAUGAUCCUGCGUACCGAUUUCCUUGGCCUACGUUUGGCGAGGCGCGCUCCGUGUCACCCGAGCCCGUCGGGGCCUGGGCUGACGUGGAAGCGCGCUUUCCCUUCCUACGCGAGGAUGACGGGGUCCACAGACGCCCACGCAAACUGCUCACUGCCCGCCAAAGCGCCGUGCUGCACAAGAUUCUUGAACGCACCUACUUUCCUUCAACAGAAGAGAGAAUCGCUGUAGCACGAGAGCUACACCUCUCCCCACGGAAAGUCCAAGUAUUCUUUCAGAACAAGAGGCAAAAGCAUCGGCGCCAAGGGGUGUCCGGAGGAGUCGGGGAAGCCAGUGGGGUGAAGUUUUCAGGGCAGCUCUCGCCGUCAAGGGAUCAUCACCGUUCAGCCGGCCCAGAGGUGAGGAGGCGGAACGGAGUGGCUCACCGCCCGUCACACUCCCUGCCAGAAGGUGCAAGGUUCAACCAAGGCAUGGAGGGCCACGCUAGCUCCUAUGGCAACGAAGAUACAGGAGCCGUCAGGUCGGCGGCAGAGCCGAUGAUUAAAUGCGCCUCUUCCGGAUAUCCUCUAUCUCAGAAUGGCUUCAGUGCAGAUGAGCACCACCUUCGCUCGCAUCGUCUUGCAGCACGACACUACUCCUGCCAGAGCCCGUACGAAGCGGGGUCUGCCGCUAGGCUACCAUAUGCCAACCGGCCCGAAAUGCGGUCCCACGCUGCGCCUACGCUGCCAGACCCUCAAAGUGAUCGUCCAGCAGCGCUGUUACCUGGGCAUAGAGCAGGAAGAAGCAACUCCACCAGGAGCCGUCCUCCUCAUUCUGGAAGCAGCGCAAGCUCGCGUUUCUCCUUUCCACUCGGACCGACUGCAACCCCAGCUUCGAGCACCUUCCCCUACGUCGUGCCCAACAAAGCAGCACUCAGGCUGACUAGAUCCGAAACGUGGUUUACUUUCUCCUGCGCUCCUAGCAGUCCAUAUGGUCCACACUACCGUCAAGGCUUUGAAAGUCAGAACGCUGGCGCCGAGGAGGCUUCAGCAAAGCCGACGUUUGGGUCCCCAAAAAGGUUUGAGGUCGCAACGCUAGCAGAGAGUUUCGAUCGGAUGACAGCUUCCGCUACUCAGCUAGGAGAUGAAGAAGAGGCGCUGCACAGCAUGCGAUCUGAUGAUCACCCACGAUCAGCACUUCAUCCUCGAUGCUUGGCGGGCCAAGGCGAGGCACAAUUUGGUGUGGACAGCUGUCCCUCGUCCGACAGCAAAUUAGCACUGCGGCUUCCUCGAAUCGCUGAAUUGGGUCUGUAG